CGCUCGGGUAUUUCCGUGACCCCUCACGGGUCGGCGCUGCCGUUGGCAGGCGCACGGGCCGGUUAGCUGAGGGUAGCGCGGCCUCGGUGGCAGAGCCGCUUCCUCGGUGGGGAGGAGGAAUCGCGAUCCUGCCAGGCAGAAGGCUGUUGCUGAAAGGGGACUUCGGGGAGUGAGUGCAGGAUGACUCAGCAGGGAGCUGUUCUUCAGGGUUACAAUAAUGAACUAGUGAAAUGCAUUGAAGAUUUAUGUAUGCAAAAAGAAGAACUGAACAAACAAAUCCAGCAAGCAGAAGAGGAAAAGAGUAAACUCCAGCAUGAAAUCCAAGUCCUCAGUGAACAGCUGGAGUGUGUAUGUGAAAACCUGGCCCAAAAGGUGGCUUCACGGAAUGAGCUUGAUAAAAUACUUGCUGAAACUGAGGCUGCUUACAUGAAGAUUUUGGACAGCUCUAGAACUUUACUUAAUGUCUUGAAGAAAGAAGUGGGAAGCUUAAAGCAUUCACCAGAUCUGAAAACUAAUGUAACAUGAAACAAUCAAAUGUUUGGACUCUGCAGUGCUAAAAAUUCCACUAGGUGAGAAACAUGUGGUCAGCCACAGAACCUUACAGACACAGUAUAAGCAGAGAGGGGCUUUCUUCCAGUCUUUCUGUAUGUUUUAUUAUUUUGAAAUGCACUAGAAAGUAGAUUAAAUAAAGUUGUCAUUUUGCUUUAAAAAAUCUACUUAAUUGAACACUACAAAAAUUAGCAGGUUGGUAGUUGAGGCAGAUGGGAGACUAUCACUUUUGGCAUCAUGAUGUUUCAAAGCUUAGAAAAAAGGCAUGUUUUAUUGGUUGACUUUAGAAGGUUCCCAGUAAAUUUUUCUUUGAAAACUAGUGGAUGCAAGUCAACCAGAUGCUACAUUUUUUUUUCACUUUACAAAUUAUUAGGCUUUACUUUAUUAGGACCAAGUGGAAAUGAGCUAUUUAGCUUCCUGUAGGGAGUUCUGCCUGAUGCAUGCACAAAGCCCUGUUUACAAUAACUGGCUACAUGAAUAAUAGAGGGAUAAAGUGAGAAAUCAGGAGUAAUGCAGGGCAUGUAGGCUUAAAAUUUAGCACUGUAUGUGGUUCAUGCAUCUUCAAGGUUCAAGGCCUUGUUUGGAAAGAUGUGCUGCAGUGAAAGUCAGGUUUAGUGCGAGUGCACAGACAGCUACCCCAUGAGCACCUGGACCAGUAAUUCACUUACGGGUAAGAAAAAUGUGUCAGUAGAAGUCCUGAGAAACCUGAGGUCCAGUUAAAAAUACAGGCGUAAAUACAAGACCAAAGAAGAUAAUCCUGGCUAAAACCCACUAAUAGAAUUUCUGGAAGCCUUUUUAGUGUCUUUUAGCUCUAAAUUGAUCUAUUAAAUAAUUGUAAUUAGAUUGUGGAGAAUAAUGAACAUUCUGAAAUUAUAUGAUAGAAAUACAAAUGAAAAGUGAAAGAAGAAAAUAAGAAGUGGUUUGCAGCUAUCAGCCAUUCUUACAGAGGACAUUAAAAUAGGACUUAGUUUAGAGAUCAGAGAUGACAUAACAGCAUGGCAUAAAUUUCAAUUUAAUGGUGUUUUUUUUUUUUGUUUCUGCUGAACCUCUUUAUUCAGCAGAAAUCUCAGCAGUGUGUGUGUACAUACACGUGCAUUUUGUCCUGCUUAUUUGUGUGUUACAACAGUAACUUUUUAAGCUGUGUUUUGUAGUAGAAUCUUCAUUCAAUUCAAAUUAAUUAAAUUGAAAGAAGUGCAGUUGAAAUCUUCUCACUUGAUAGUGGUGCGUUUCUCAGGUGCACAUAGAGAAGAAAUGAAGAUGUAAGUAGUUCUGGUAAUAGCUCUUGGUCAAUAAUAGGGAGCAAAUUCUGUUCCUCUGAUUGCCAAACUACAUCAGGGGUGAGUGUGACUGAGCUAAUCACAGUUUACCUGUAUGGCACUUCCAGAUAUUCCCUCUGGAGAAUUCCCAGUGGGUAAUGCAGAAGUGAUAAAAUUACCUCAUCUCAAGGGUAUUGCUGUUGUAGUGCUGCAGCACUCAAGUGCCACCUUGUUUAUGUUGAAGUGAAACUCAAAAAUUUUGCUUUUUUUUUUUUUUUUUUUUAGUAGCAAAAAAGUUACUUAUUUGACUGGACAUUCUAUGACAUUCUGUGUGCCCUUAGACUAGUAGUAACUGAUUUACAGCAAAGUAGGAAGAUUAAGAAAAAGUACUAACUAAAGAGCAAGAACUUUUAGUUACAAAAUAAACUGUUUCUUACUAGCUGCACUGGAACUCGAAAUUGUGAAAACCAAUUUGUAUCAUAGAAAGCUCAUUUAUAGAGAGCAGUACAGUUAAUUUCUAGUAUUGGUCUCACACAAUAAUUAUGGGUUUGUUUGCCUAAGAGUAAUCAUAAAUAAUUCCUCUUUUUGUACUGAAGCUGAUAAAACCAAAGCUUUAAGAGAAGCCUUAUAAGACUUCAAAGAAAUCUAUUUCACAGCCACUGUAUGUCUAGUUGUAGCUAUUACAGUGUCAAAACUAAGUAAUUGGAGACGUUUUAAUUUUUUUUUUUUUAACAAGUCUAAGGGAAAAAUGCAGCUGCUGGCUAGUACUUAUGCUUAUUCUGGGGCCUCCCAACAUCAAAUAAAAAGUGGAAAUGUUGCUAGAAUUCAUUCAGUGAUCCCAGUCUAAACUUUCCAUUUAAAUUCACAUUCAAAAGUGGAGAGAAAUAAGAAAUCUCUAGGGCUUACCUAUUACUCUGAAGUUUGGCAGUCACUGUGCACCUGUAGAGUUGCUACUCAAAAACAGUGUUUAGCAUUUUUUUCUGUAUUGACCGAAAUGAACCCUUUUAUUCAAGUGGUAAACUUCUUCAUUGCUUUUUCAGACACUAUAAAUCUUGACAUGAAUAGCUUUUGUUAAACAACUUCACUUUGUUCAGAAGACAUGCAGAAUAAGUUUGUCCAAAGUAUUGCUGGAAGAGAAAUUAUAGUUUGCAGAUGGCAGCAGCUCUGCGGGGAUAACCUGAAACAGCAAGUUCACCAGGAAUAAGGCAGUUCAUAAGUUUAAAGUAUCAUACUUAUUCCUAAUUUAAUUUUUAUAUUGAACUUCUGUCUCUGUGAGUUCAACCUGGUGCUUCACUGGAGUGCUUACAGUCUAGGAGCCUUACUGACAAAAGUUGGGUUCCUAAUCUAAACUGCUGUGUUGGGUGUUCUGUAACUUACUUAUUAGUAUGUGAGGAAACAAGAGUUUUUGAAACUCUUAUGUCUGAUUCAGAGAUUUAGUGAAAUGCAUCUAGAACAUUGGUCUAAAGUCCUGAAUUUAUGUAAAGGCACUUUUACCUGAUUUCCAAAUAACAGAAGGUAACUGGAAGAGAUCUGAUGAUUCCCUGCUUUUGUAGCAAUGCUUCUCAAAAAUGUGCCUAUCACUUAAAACACUAGUGAUCAACAGUUUUUUCAAAACAUUUGACUGUUGACUCCUUGCAAAUCAACUGAAGAAAUUUUGGCAGUUACCAAAGAAACUGCUUGUGGGUGGUAUAUUGAAGUAGGAGUAUUUUUCUGUGUGGAAGUGAUUAUAGGAACCACUGGGCAAGUGCUUGUGCCAGUAGCCUUUCACACCCCACUACUGUCUCUUCAGAGGUGCUUAACCUGCACUUCAGGUACUUCCCACGUGCAGUUUCUGUUAAUCACCUUACAGAAAUUGAGGUGAGUGGACUGGGGCUUCACCCUAAUUUUAAGGAUAAGUAGAAGGUAUGGUUGUGACGUCCUGGUUCAGGAAGACUGGAGCAUGAGGGGGUAUGAUAGAGAGGUGGAGUUUCACCUCACUUCUGUCUGCUCCAAGUACUACUGAGCUACUGCCUACAGUUCUUGCUACCCAAUAAAUCAAAUUUUAGAAAUCAUCUGAGCAUCAUCUGAACUUUGGACUUUGUCCCCCUUCUUUUAAGCUCACUGACAGUCAGCAAAAGAGGUAACUUGUGUUUUGUUUUCUCUUGCUGUCUUUUAUUUCUUUCUGUUCAAAAAGGAGGCUGUGGAAUCUGAGCCUUCUGUUUGCUGGGUAAGUUUGCCAGGCUCACACAGGAUGCAGUGCUGUUGUUUCCUGUCCUGGUUCCUCUCCUAUGAACAGUCUUCAGUGAACUGCUCAAGUUUUAUUAAAAAACAAGUUCUGUGUGUACUUGGAGUACAUUGUAUGUCAGGUUGACCUUGGAGAGUUUAGGCAGAGGAUUGGCAGAUUUUUGGCUCUUGGUAAAUGCAAGAGCUGUGAUUCCUUGGGUUAGGAAUGCUUCAGACCAGGAAGACUAGGCAUCUUCAAAUACCAAAAGAGCUGUGCAUUCAAACAAGGAAGCAAACUGUAGUCUAAACGUAGGUGACUGGAUCUUGGAUUGAUGUUUCAGAAUUGAGAAUCAAUUCCAUCUAGGUCUUGGACUACGGGUGUGUUCCACUCCAAAUUGAUUAAGUGGAUGAAGCUAAACUGGAGCAAGGUGCUGGUAACUCUGUAACAAGAACAUUCUGAGGAAUGUUAGCCAAAGGAUCAAACACCUACAGGUAAUUCAUCCUACAGAUGAGUCUUGUGCAGAAGACCAGUGUCUUUUACUCCUUAGAUGAUUUUGCUUGUUAGGAGAGAUUUGAGUGAUUGUGGCAGUUACUUUUAACUUUGAGUAGGUCUUAGAUUCUUGGGGGUUUUAUGCAAGAAGUAGACAAAACAGUUAUUUUUUAUAAUUUAUUUUUAAAAGUUUCUUCCUUUUCAGGAAUGAGAGAAGAAAUAUUAAUAAAUACUUUAGUGUUGAUUUAUUUGUGUGUGUUGGUGGUUUUCUUAACGGAUGAAUAGGCAAGUUUUCCUAAAAUCAGAGUGCUCUUUCAGCUUUAAUGUAUGUGUAUGUUUUUAAAUAUAGAUGUAAAUAUUUUCUUUUUUCUGUUUUGGGUGAAGGACAGGCUAGCCUUUGAUUCAAUUAGUGCAGCAAUUGCUUUGUCAGUGUCUGUUGUUUUACUGGAGUGGAGUCAGGCACCAUGGCCACUUCUUGGGUGUCUUUCUUAAACUUGGGGUGGAUUUUUUGUUCUUUGCCCCUUAACUACUUACAAAUAUGUCAGCGAUUUUGUUAGGUGCUCCAGAGUAGUCCUUGAUGCUUGUCUACCUCAGUUGGUUUCCGAUGAAGUUUGGUUCACUGUCUAGCUGUAAAACCCAGCUACUUGCAUGUUAGGUGUUAAUAAAGCAUGGAGAGGUUCAAGCUUGCAGAACAGGGAGCUAUAUGGUCAUUCAUAGCUCUAGCUUGUGGGGUUUGUGUGAAAAGUAGUUCAGUGUUGUGGUCUGUAUUUACAAAAAUAAAAUGUUAGUAGAAUUGGGGCUAGUAGAACACUUUCAUUUUGUAGUGUUUUCAAAAGUAGUUUUACAAGAUCUUGUGGGUGGAACAAUUUGCUGGGUUUUUUUGUCUAUUUGUGCAAGACUGUGGAUAUGCUGCAGUAACUACUACAGAAACUUAUAAAUCUUGGGUAAUUUGUACAAACUUUGGGUAUCUUAUUUAGCAGCACAAUGGAAAAUAACAGUGUAAAACAUAACGCAUUUUGAUUAUAGCACACCCAUUGUUUGUGACCUGAUGCAAAGCUGAUAGUAUUUGUAAGUAUGCUUAAUUUGAAUGUCAGAAAUGGGAAAAUAUUACUUUUAGAAUAGGAUUCAUCCAUAUUAGAGGUAAACAACCACAUGUAGACAGAGAUCAUGUUCAGGAAAAGGCAUUUAGAAGAAGUCCUGGCAGUCAUGCUCUGGAACUGGGAUUGAUUGUGAUUCUACUGACUGUGUUGAGAGCUGGUUUCUCUCUUCAGACCUAUGAAGCUUCAUGGGGUUUCUCCUCUCAGCCUUAGCAGCACCCAUGUACAGAGUGUGCUUGGUCCUGAAGGAUUUAUAACAGUGUUGAGUGUUCUUGUUUACUUUCUUGUGUGAAAUAAACAUGCGGUUUCCUGGCCAGCCUAAAUGAAGACAACAGGAGUGUUAGAGACUAUAAAACAAAAGUACUAGGCUGAACAGUUUUUAACACCUUCUUUUAAAAAUGUUUAAAAUUACAAAACCUAAUAGACUGGUUGCAGAGCAUUUUAAAGUUAAGUCUUCACAGAUGCUAUUUUUUGAACUUCUUAUGUGUAAGUUCUCUUGCUUCAGUCAGAGCUCCCAUAACUGGUUUGAGGUUUUCCAUUGAUAUGGGAUAUAUGGGGAAACUUAUAGAAAAUUAUUUACAUCAUGGUCCAUGACAGAUUUGUAAUUUCCUUUUUUAAAAAAGUGUAUAGUUGAUUUAAUUGAACGUAGUAAAGUAUAAUACUUCAUUCCUAAAGGUUUUCAAAUCUCUGUCUGUAUUCAGAAUUAGAUCAAAGUACUAUUUAUUGUUGUUAUAUGAUUAUUAACA